CAAGUUCAGUUCCUCUUAAAGAUUAGGAAACCGCACAUGAAGAUAACUCUCUGACAGAUCAAGGCCAUUACCAUCAUGAGGCUCUUUCUAGCAGCAUUGUUGGGCUCCCUGUGUUGUUCUCUGUACACAGCAGAAAGUCUCAAGGCUGUAGUGGUUAUGGAGCCAAACUUGUGGCCAGUUUUCUAUGGAGAGCAUAUCAGCCUUCGAUGUGACAUACGGGGAGAACCAAACUAUGGUCAGUGGUGGUACCGGUGGUACAAAGAUGGUUCUCUACUGGAAGACACCGGGAAGAGCGUAAUUUCAAUCUACCAGAGGGACUACACAUUCUACGGCAGUCUUUAUAAAUGUACAGCAUCACAGAGUCAUGGGUUUGGGCUUGAAAGUGAAUCAUACAAAAUGCUUCCAAUGGAAAUACCUCAUGCUACAAUCACCAUCCAGAGUCCUCAACGGCCCUCCUUCUACCGUGGAGACAAAGUCACUCUGAGGUGUGACAUCACGAGUGAAGGCUGGGUGUAUCACUGGGAGAGGAAUAAUACCAGCAUCUAUAAUCACAUCAACACAACCAUCACCAUCUUACUUCCUGAGGAGAGUGGUCACUAUACAUGUUUUGGUAUGAGAAGGCAACUUCGAAGUUACAACAGUCCUAACAUGACUAUUUCCACGAGUGGGUCUGGGUCCAGUUCAUUUAUAAUGGCAUUUAUAAUGGCAGUGGCUGGGGGAGUGGUCCUGACAAUCAUGGUUGUAAAAGUUGUACCACGUUGCUGCAGAAAGCAGAGAGGUCCUGUGUCCAACUCCUCCAGUUCUGGGUUAUCUCUAUCGCCCUCUACUGGCCUGGCUGAGAGACAUGCUGAAGAGCACCUGCACCAGUCUGAUGGAGGACGGCUUCCUGUUUACGAAACAAUUCCACUCAAACACCAGAGCAGACCAGUGCUGGAAACAGUGUAUGACAAACUGUCACUCAGCAAAAUGGGAAACCUUUCGUCACCAUAUAAUCCAUAUCAGCUUGUGGAGUGAAGCAGCAUCAGCAUGGGAUUGAACUCACAACCUUUAGUUUACAACCACAACAGUUUUCCUUUUGGACCCCCGUUACCUACACACUAUAAAGACUUCCACCACCCAUAACAAAACAUGUAGUGGUGCCUGUGGUGAAAGUGAUUUGUGUGCACAGAUCGGGCCUCUCUUUCAUUCGUCUUUUUAUCUAUCCUCCCUUCCUUCCUCGGUCCUCGUUCCCUCUGAUCUAGAUAAAGAAUAAUGGGGUGGCAACAAUGGGAUAGUCUAUCCAGUGUUCUUUAUAUGUCAGUGGGAACGAGCCUGGAGGAUCGAGGAGAGAGGUUGAGAAAGGGCCAUCUGUGUUUAAAACUGUUCUGUUGAUACCGUGUCUUCACCAGUAGAGUGUGAAAGUGAAUUCACAGUGACUUCCUGUUCCUCCACCCCACUUGCACAACAGCAACAUCAUGUGCAGUCUAAUGCUGACUCAUUUCUUCGUUUCGUGAGAAUUGCAGUACCCCCCUCUGAAGGGACAGUGAGACGUUUGGACAAGGAGGAAAACCUUUGGGGGAACUAAUGAUGGUGCAAGCCCCUGUAUGAUAUUAUUACUAAUAUUAAACCCUGUUCUGUUAUGCUAAUGUAGCCUGAAAAAGCCCGCACAAUGAAAUCAAUGUAAAUACAUUUUCUUUCAACUUUUCAUAUAUGCUUACAUUUGUAAAUGGAUCCACUGUAGCCACUGUUUUUUUU